UUCAGCUGAAGUUGAAGUAGCCUGGAGGCAAACUUCAGCCUGUUUAUCGACGUCUGUAGAUAACGGUUGUAGUAAGAUAACAUUAUAAUGUUAAGGACGAGUUGAAAUGUUGUUAUUUAACUGUAACAUUUAAUAUUAACGCGGAAUACUGAACUAAACAAUUGUUUUUGAAUCGAGUUUUUGAUUUGACCUAGAUUUGUUUUGUACCCGGUGGGAGCCUGAGGGUUAGUUUUAGCUAGCUAAUCCGAGGAGAUAACUAGUUUAAUCCUUGUUUGUUAAUCCUUCACACUUCUCUUCAGUACACCGUUGAGAGGAGGAGGAGGAGGAGGAGGAGGAGUGUCCAACGUCCGUCAAGAUAAAGACGUCAACGUUCCGCUCAACAAGUGGCGUUUUUUUUUUUUAAACAAAACACAAGUUUUUUGGUUGGACAUUUCUCACCCCGAGUCGAGACUUUUUUUUUUUUUUUUUUUUUACGAAUCGCGCCUGAAACAAUGCGGACUAAAGUUGUAGUCGUCAAACGGAAACGUGACGAGGCUGGUGAGAUGGUCCCUUCAGCAGUGGGUGCCAGCGGAGUGCAGCUCCUCAGGGCAUGAAACUUCAAACCAAGUUUGCACCGAGGCAGGAAGCGACACGAUGGCACUCUGCGGAAGGAGGAAUCGACCCAAGUUACUUUUUUGUCUCUUUGGUGUCACUUUAGUCGGAUAUCUGAUAUUUUUCAGACACAGCCCCGGGGACGUGAGCGUGACAAAUCGACGACAGGCCCCCGGAGAGCAGGAGGUGGGAAAUGAGGAGCUGAGGAAACCCGUCUACGAGAAGCCCCCCUUGGAUUUAAAUGCCCUGGGUGAAAUGGGGAGAGCUGUCAAACUGAAUCUGGACGGAGAGGAGAAAAUGAAGGAGGAGGAAAGCAUUAAAACGCACCAGAUUAACAUUUAUGUCAGCGAAAAAGUGUCGCUUCAUCGCAGGCUGCCAGAGAGAUGGAACCCACUUUGCAGAGAGCUCAAGUAUGACUACCGGUCCCUGCCUACAACCUCUGUGGUCAUCGCCUUCUACAAUGAGGCCUGGUCCACCCUGUUGCGGACAGUCCACAGCGUGCUGGAGACGUCGCCCGACAUCCUGCUGAAGGAGGUGGUGCUGGUGGAUGACUAUAGCGACAGAGCUCAUCUGAAGGAGCCAUUGGAGAAGUACGUUGCAGGUUUGAGGAAAGUGCGUCUCAUCCGUGCCACCAAGAGGGAGGGGCUGGUGCGGGCCCGCUUGCUGGGGGCGUCCUAUACCUCGGGUGAUGUGCUGACCUUCCUGGACUGUCACUGCGAGUGUCAUGAAGGCUGGUUAGAGCCCCUGCUCCACAGGAUCAAAGAGGAGCCCUCGGCUGUGGUGUGUCCUGUCAUUGAUGUGAUCGACUGGAACACCUUCCAGUAUUUAGGGAACUCUGGUGAACCCCAGAUUGGGGGGUUUGAUUGGCGGUUGGUCUUUACCUGGCACAGUGUCCCAGAUUAUGAACAGAAACGCCGUCGCUCGCCCAUCGAUGUCAUCAGGUCUCCUACUAUGGCAGGUGGUUUGUUUGCUGUGAGUAAGAACUACUUCCAUUACCUUGGGACAUACGACACAGGGAUGGAGGUGUGGGGAGGAGAGAACCUGGAAUUCUCCUUUAGGAUUUGGCAGUGUGGGGGCAGCCUGGAGAUCCACCCAUGUUCCCAUGUGGGUCAUGUGUUCCCUAAAAAGGCCCCUUACUCGCGGAGCAAAGCUCUGGCAAACAGCGUGAGAGCCGCUGAGGUCUGGAUGGAUGAAUACAAAGAGGUUUACUACCAUCGAAACCCCCAUGCGCGACUGGAGGCGUUUGGAGACGUGACAGAGCGGAAGAAGCUGAGAGAGAAGCUGGGCUGUAAGAACUUCAGAUGGUAUCUGGAUAAUGUUUAUCCCGAUAUUCACGUCCCAGAGGACCGCCCAGGCAUGUUUGGAAUGUUGAAGAACCGGGGCAAGACCAACUACUGUUUUGACUACAACCCUGUAGAUGAGCACACAGUGGUGGGCCAAAGGGUCAUCGUCUAUCCGUGUCACGGCAUGGGUCAGAACCAGUUUUUUGAAUACUCCACGGACGGAGAGAUCCGUUAUAACACAAGGGAACCUGCUGGAUGUGUUGUGGGUGACAACAUCAGUACCUACCUGACUCUCCAGCUUUGUAGAAAAAGAGGGCAAUCCAUACCUGCAGACCAGAAAUUUCUCCUCAGAGAGGAUGGGAGCCUGUACCACGUGGUGAGCCAGAAGUGUGUUCAGGCGGUAGACAAGACAGACAACGGGACGCCAGCCCCCUCACUCCAGCCCUGCUCUGACAGCCUCCACCAAAAGUGGUUCUUUGAGGAGCGAAUGUAACGGUAUCAAUCUAGAGUAUAUGUGCAAAUGUUUUUUUCAUUCAGGGUCGAUAUCAUGAGCAGGGAUAUGGGUGGACUGAAUUGUGUUUUUUAAAAUAUGUUUGCCUUGCCCUGAAAGGAGCUCAAAGGAGGAAGCCUCUGUGCUUCCUUUCAAACUUCAAUCUUUGCACAUUUUUGUGCCAGCUGGAUUUAAUGGACCAAUGGGAAAUUAUACUGAUAAGUACUCACUUUUCGAAGUACUUUGUUAAUAUAUAUGGGAGUAAUCUUUAUUUGGAUGCUGUUGCUGGGAGACAGGAGUCUACUGGAAUAUGUAUUGUUUUUGUAAUCAAGGAGGAUUAGUGAGAACCUACUGAAGCGUAAUGCGUUCACUUAAGGAAAAAAAAUAAUCUUGCUGUUUUUAUGAAUAAAUGAACUUAUUAUCUUAGAAUUUUGAGAAAAGUUUUCAUGGAAAAAAAAAUCUGCUCUUGUUUUUCUCAGAUGAGAAUUAAUGAGAUGAUUAUCUUAUUAAUCCAGAAAAACAGGGCAUUUUUUUUUUCCAUUGAAUGAAUUACGCUUCUGCAAGGACCUGCACAACUGUACAUGCUGACAUUUUUCUUGUUUUUCUUUUACACACUCCAAUACUGCUGGUGCAGUCUUUGAAAUCAAGUACGCUUAUGCACACACAGACAAACAAUGAAACGGCUUUAUACCUCUUUCAACAAACUCUAAACCUCAGAGCUGAUGGCUGACAUUACAGUGAUUUUCAGAGCCACAUCAUGAGGCAUUCUAAAGUAUUUGCAUCUCCUCCUGUAGAGGGGGCCAGCGCUCCUCUCUGCAGGUUGCUUUCUUUCACUGUGUUCUUUAUUUGUCGAGAGAAAGUGGGACAAAUCUUCAGGUAUUUUGUUAAGACCCCUUUCAGGACAUUUUGAGUGCUUUCUACUCUUACAUACCAGUGGCUUAGAGAAAGCCUUAGAUCACAGGCAUUAUGCAAGAACCUAGUACCUCCUCAACUUAAUCACCUAACUACUGAUAACGGGAGAAACUCCAGUCUUACUUCGUUCUGCUUUGACUGAAGUCAUUUUGCAAUGCAAAUUUAACUUUAUGGUAAAAUGACAUUGGUCAUAUUGCUAGUUUUUUAGUUGUUUUGUAACAUUUUUUUCAACAUAGUGCACUUGCCUUUGUUUUGUGCUCUUUGAACAAUAUGCAGCUUCAACAGACUAAAUCAUAGCCAUAUUUUCUGGAUUUAUUUAAUGUGAUGUCAACUAUGUUUAAUUAUGUAUUUCUAGAUAAGACUAAAUAACCAUGUUAUUUCAGCUUGACUACAGACAAAUCUCAGUUUUAAUCAUAAUAGGUGGGGAUUUAUUUACUUAAUAUUGGUAAGCGAAAAUUGCAAGACCAAGAUCCUCUUUCCUCUCUUGUACACUCCAUAGAAAGUGCCUAAACCAAAAAAACUUAGAUUUCUAUUUUAUGAUCUUCUUUCAAGAAGAUGUUCUUGUACUGAAUGUAUAUUCUGUCACACAGUGAGUACGUUUACAUGCACAAAAUGUUGCAAAUUUGCCCUUAUUCUGAAAAACACAGUAUUCUUACUAUGCUGUUUACAUGGCUAAUGAAAUAAAAUAUUCCACUGAUCUUCCCAUUUACAUGCAGCAGCACAUACUUCCUGCUCUAAUGUUUUGGUUAUUAUGUCAAAAUAUGCAAAAGUGAAUGGCUGGAGGCGUUUGUCAUUUCGCCUAUUUGCAUCAAAAUAGGAUUUUUCAAAGUUUUUUACUUGUGGCAGACUUGUCGGUCUGUACGAACACACUCAGUCCUUCAAACACCUUCUUCGAAAGGUCGGUGCUUCUAUUUUUGCACAAAAAUCUCUUGAUGUCUGAAUCUUUCAUAAUGUUUAAGAGUAGGUGCGGUUCUCUAGCACGUUUUUCGGGGGGUAUGCAUAUCUACCACAACCUUGCAAAUUGCUGGCAAGUUAGUUUGUGUGCAACAUAUCCAUGAAAACGCACAGGGCCGAAAAACUGCAGUAAAAACCCCUAUUGAGAUGCUUAUUCUGAACAUGCUAAAACCCUAGGUACAAAUAAUGUUAUUAAAACCCAAAUAAUUCUGACCUCGCUCACAUUACUGAAUUGAAAAAUGCUACGUUCAGAAAAAGACGGACAAUGCAAACAGAAUAUGCUGUUUACAUAACCCGCAUCACACUCAAAACAUUGUGAUACUAAUUAUAGAGAAAAUAUACGUGCAAAUGUAAACGUAGUCACUGACACAGACAGAGAACAGUAGUUAAAGUUGUUACAAAGUGUCUGCACGCUUAAAAUAUGCAUGCUCCCCUGCUGAGAGUACAGUACGCACAGGAAUAGUUGGUGUUCCCCUGAGUGCACAUGUAUUACUCUGGUGCGCUGUUCUGAUUUGUGAACACUGCCUCUGUUUCCAUCCGCCAGAUCUAGACAGCUAUAGAUCCUUCUGUUGUUGUGGUCACUUGUGUUGCAGUCCCUCGGGCUACGCACAGGGUCCGAUGGAAACACAGCGGAGGAGUAGACAGUUGUUGGUGUCUCCAGAGUGCUGGGAUGCCAGAUGGCUUCCUGAUUGAUUUUCUGGUCCUCUCCCAAUUCUUUCUCUCCACCUCUCCCUCUCUGUGUCAGAGGUGUGCAGCUGACAAUGCAUCCUCCUCAGAUGAGCACUUGUUACUGGUGUGCUUGAGGUUUGAUUUAUGAAUAGGAGUCAUCAAGAGUACAGUUUUUGGCAGCAGAAGCAGAUAAAGGAGGAGAUGGAAUGAAGCAAUUUGUGACCUCUUCCUUACCAUUAACCUUCACAGGCUGUUGGCCCCAUUGGUCUCAAAGGAGCUUUGUUAGGGGACAAUCGUACCGAAAUAGAUAUUUGCUAUUGAUUCCAAAUGUAAACUCACAGUAAGAUAAAUGGGAGAUGGAAAAACACUGUUUUGCCAUUACCACAGCUGGGGCUUGUGUAGAAUCAGAAUCUCGACAUUUGCCAAAUAUAAUGAAUGUACAGCAGCGUGCAGGAGCACAACAUCUGUGCAUAUGAGCUCAUAGUACAACCCUAAAGGGAAAGCUCAAGAUGUGCGUUACUUACCGCUCUGAACACGGAUUCAUAAUUUUAUUGCGGUGUGAAGAACAUUGAAUCAUGAGAUGGCUGCACUGUGUAGGAUGAAGUGUGUUGGAAGAUGGACAUAACUUGUGGGGUUAAAGUUCCCAGUAAUCCAUAAAGGCUUUUGCUGGCACUGUGAACGGUACAUGAUUGUGCAGACAAAGCUUGCUGAUAAGUGGAAUGGACCAAAUGACUGGCAGAUUACAGUCUGCUCCAUAGUGGGAGGGGCAGCUGUCUAGGGAUUGCUUGAAGGUUUCGGACAAUAAAGCUUGGUCUUAGUCUUAAAGGGACAGUUCAACGCAAACUGGAAAAUGUAGUGCUAUUUAUCAGUCUAGAUUGUUUUGGUGUGUGUU